AUGGCCGCCACCGGGCAGACCUUUGGCUCUCCACUGGCUUCGGUAGACGACGCCAUGUCUGGCACGGCCAAUGCCACCAGCGCCGAGGGCGGCCUCCUGUCGGCUGCCGUGGCCGGGUUCCAGCAUGCACCGAUUCGCUAUACCCUCUCUACCCUCUUUCUCACAUUUCUCUUCUAUCUCUACAAAAUGUCUAUCCCCGAAGUGGACGGCAAGGAGCCGCCGCUCAUGCUGCCGCGAAUACCCUUCAUAGGCCACCUGAUUGGCCUCGUCCGGAACCAGUCUCAAUACUAUACCAAUCUUCACAAGAAAACGGGCGCCCCCAUCGCCACACUCCCCAUGCUGGGUGGAAAGACGUACGCCAUCUGGGACCCGGCGCUGGUGCAGUCGGCGCUGCGGCAGAAGACACUCAGCUUCGAGCCCUUUGCCGUCGACUUCCUGCAGACGAUGCUGGGGAUGAAGGAGGAGUCGUACAACCGCUUCCGCGAGAAGCCUGAGAUUGUUGUCGAGUUCUUUGACGCCCUCCACGUCACCGUCCGCGGCGAGCCGUUGCAUCGGAUGAAUGCCAACGCCCUCAACUUCAUCUCGUCUCGGCUGGACGCGAUGAAGGGCGACGGGGAGGUCCGGGUGGACAAUUUCUUCCUCUGGCUACGGGAGAUUAUGACGCUGGCGACGACAACGGCGCUGCUGGGCAAGAAGAAUCCCCUGCUGCACGACCGGGAGCUGAUUGACCACCUGUGGACGUGGGAGAAUGCGCUGCCCAAGAUGCUCAUCACUCCGUGGCACCAGGUCACCAACGCCGACGCCUUCCGGUCUCGCGAGAAGCUGCAAAAGGCACUAGGCGAGUACUAUUCCUCGCGGGGAGACCACGACGAGACGGUGGCGGCGGUGACGAGCGCGCGCUCGGCGGUGUUGCGCAAGCACGGCCUGCCGGACAGCGAAAUUGGGCGAUUCGAGGCCAGUCUGCUGCAGCUGGCGACGGGCAACACGAUCCCGACGACGUUUUGGAUGGUGGCCAACGUCUUCACGCGGCUCGACAUCGUGGAGCGGCUGCGGGCCGAGCUGGAGCCGCUCAUGCAGCGGCGCAACGGCGACGAGCAAGACGUGGUAAGCAUCAACAUCACGCGCUUCGACGAGGCGUGCCCGCUGCUCGUCAGCUGCUACCGCGAGUCGAUCCGGCUAUCCAACCACGCGCUGUGCGUGCGGCGCGUCAUGGAGGAGACGGUCAUCUCGGACGGGCGCGGCCAGUCGUACACGCUCAAGAAGGGCUCCGACGUGCAGAUCCCCGCGGGCUUCACGCACCGGGACGAGGACGUAUGGGGCUCGGGCGCGGCGGCGUACGAGGCGGACCGGUUCGUGGGCAACCAGGCGCGGCUGUCGGCGGCGGCGGAGAAGAGAAAACGGUCGGCCUAUAUCCCCUUUGGCGGCGGCAAGCACCUCUGCCCCGGGCGCAACUUUGCCUUUGCCGAGAUCCUCGGCGCCUCGGCGGCGCUCAUCCUCGCCUUUGACCUCUCGGCCGAUGGGCGCGGGAGCCCCGUCCGCCUGCCGGACAUGGCCACGACGACCAUCAUGGGCGGCGCGUCCAAGCCCGACAGGCUGGGCGAGGGCAUGAGUCUUGUGAUUAAGCGGCGGCCCGGGUGGGAGAAGGUCAAGUUUGAGUUUGAGGUUGUGGGGGGGAGUGAGCAGUCUUAG